AUGAAUAGCACAUCGACUCUCGCUCUGGUGAACGGUGGAAAGGGUGGCAUGGUGUACAUGUACAUUGCCACCUUCAUCGGUUUCUUCUGCUCGGUCAUCUCUAUGGCUGAGAUCGCUUCAAUUUCUCCAACAUCUGGAGGCCAAUAUCACUGGGUCUCUGAAUUUGCAAGUCCCAGGUACCAGAAGUUCCUGAGUUACAUCACCGGCUGGCUUUCUGUGCUGGGAUGGCAGGGCGGCUUUGCCAGUAUCUGUUUUCUUUGCGGUACUCUCAUCCAGGGGUUCCUCCAGUUGAACUAUGGUGAUUCAUACACCCCUGAGAGAUGGCAUGGAACUCUUCUUACUUUUGCCAUUGCAUUUAUUGCUACCUUCGUCAACACCUACGCCGCCAGUCACCUUCCCAGCUUGGAAGGGCUGAUUCUCAUUCUCCAUAUAUUUGGAUUCUUUGCUACCAUGAUCACUCUCUGGGUUAUGGGAGAGAAGUCCCCAUCAAAGGAAGUCUUCACCGAGUUCACCAAUUUUGGCGGCUGGUCUACUGUUGGCGUCGCCGUGCUUGUUGGCCAGAUUAGUCCCAUUUUCUCCUUCUUGGGUCCUGACGGUGCUACUCAUAUUGCUGAGGAAAUCAAGGAUGCCUCCAAAGUCGUUCCAUGGUGCAUGAUAUUCACUGCCAUCAUCAACGGCAGUCUUGGUUUCGUGAUGUUGAUCACCUUCCUCUUCACCAUGGGCCCAGUGGACGACUCUAUACUCAUGCCUCCAUCUGGUUUCUCCUUCCUCUCGGCUUACCUCUAUGCCACAGGCUCUAAGAGCGCAACUACUGGCCUGGCAUGCAUCAUCCUUAUCCUUGAAGUCUGCAGCGCGAUCAGUAUUCUCGCCACUUGCUCUCGCCAGGCUUUCGCCUUCGCCCGAGACAACGCCCUUCCUUUCUCCGAGUUUUUCUCGAACGUUAACCCGACAUCCAAAAUCCCAGUCAACGCUGUCCUGGCUACCACUCUCAUCACUAUUCUUCUAUCACUAAUCAACAUUGGCUCCACUGCCGCGUUCAACGCCAUCGCCUCCAUCACAGUUGGGUCUCUCUAUGCCUCCUACGUGUUGAGUAUUGUCUGUUUCAUGUACCGCCGACGGUGUGCGGAGCCAUUGCCCGCACGACGAUUCUCCCUUGGAAGCUGGGGAAUGGGAAUCAACUUUUUCUCCGCCCUCUACCUCUCCUUCGCUUUCGUCUUCACUUUCUUCCCAAGCACAAAGGUGGUCACCCCCGAGACCAUGAAUUGGUCUUCCCUGGUAUGGGGAGCCGUUAUCCUCUUCGCUAUUGGCCAGUACAUUCUUCACGGAAGAAAGGUGUACGAAGGCCCUGUGGCAUACAUCCGCAAGUCGCAGUAA